AUGAAAUAUCAUAUCCAAUCAAUAAAUCAAAAGUCGCCUCCACAUGUUCCAAAAUUAGGGGUUCAAACAUUAAACGUUGAUGAAUAUAUUGAAAUUUGUGCGAAUAACCAAUUCAAAUGUGGAAAUUAUAACAUUCCAUUGGCAUUACAUGGUGUUGAUGAAAAUUUACCAUUUAGAUACCAUAGAUUGACACAUUCUCCCGAUAGGAUCAAUAAUAGAAGAUCUUAUACCAAAUACAAUGUUAAAAUAUUAUCAAUAUUUUCAAAUGUCUCUAACCAUCGUGUAUAUGAUCUAUUACCUUUUUCUCAAAUAUCCUCUACAAAUUCAAACCCAAACGUUUGUUCAAAUAAUGAAAAUGAUAAUGAAACCUAUGAUAGUGAAACUGAUAAUGAAACCAAUCAUAGUGAAACUGAUAAUAUUGUGGAAGAUACAAUUAUUUUAUUUCAAUUUGAGGUAUUAUUUAUUGCAGCCACAGGUUGA